AUCAACAAAACGUCAAAAUAACGAGAAAAAAUAUCAUUCAAUUUUAUUCUGUUUAAAACGUAAAUCGCAAAUGCUUUAGUCUAAUUCAGUUUCCAUAAAAUUGUAAACGUUCAAAUGUAUAAAAAACUAGUUUUUGGACUAACGUUGCUGAUAACGCUUCAUAUAGGGUUUUCAUAUGCUCAGUCUUACGAAGACAAACGCUGCAAAUGCAUCUGUCCUAGUAUUAAAUCGGUGAACAACAACACUGAGGAUGACUCGGAUCGGAUGUUGAUAAUCGACAAUGUUCCCCCGAACAAGUGUAACUGUGAUGGAGUCAUAUUGCCACGAGUAGCAGAAAAAAUUAAAGGCAAAGAGCAGGAAUUUUGUCCCCGCUGUGAUUGCAAGUACGAGAACCGAAAUACCACUAUCAUCAAGGUGGUGGUAAUUAUCGUGAUCUGGAUCAUUUCCCUGCUAGUGAUAUACAUGCUGUUCCUGAUGUGUCUGGAUCCACUACUGAACAAACGAGUGAAAGCAAAUUACCAGGAGCAUACUAAUGAAGAUGAUGACACUUCGGUCGCCGUCGGCAAUCACAGCCAGGACAUGCAGGUACGGGACGGAAAUGUUCUCAAUCGGGUCGGACAUUCACAGGACAAGUGGAAGAGGCAGGUGCGGGAACAACGGCGCAAUAUUUAUGAUCGUCACACGAUGCUGAACUGAGGCCAACGCCUGAAACUUUUUUAAGUAUGCUCCAAAAAUUAUCUUAAUCUAUUGUGAUAUGGAUUAGAAAAUAUCGAAUAAAUAAAGCAUGUACUGCGGUGUUAUAA